UCGACGUGAUGUCAACUCUGCAGCAGAGGCGGGAGUGUGCGUGAGCUUGCAGCGAGGUCGUGAGCGCAUAGACCUGUACCGGAUGAGUCGUGUGCGCGUGUGCGUGUGCGCUGAUAUCAGACCGUCUGAUUAUUAAUCCAGAGCGAGUAAUCAUCUAAUCGUUUGAUUGAUUGAUUGAUCGAUCGGUCGAUGAUGUCCGCGCUGGAAGAGUACGAGCGCGCGCCCAAGCGUCUGAAGGUCGCGACUGAGGAUGAGCUGGAGGAAGGCGAGGAGUCAGAUUCAGCAUCCGCGGGGCUCGUGCACGACGAAGAUGAUGAUGAAGAAGAAGAUGAAGGGCAGAGCAGAGCGCGCAGGAAGGAUAAAAGCUCUGAGACACAUCGCAUCGCUCCGUCUCCGGUGGUUCAUGUCCGUGGAUUGUGUGAGUCCGUGGUGGAGGCCGAUCUGGUGGAGGCCUUGGACAAAUUUGGAAACAUCUGUUAUGUCAUGAUGAUGCCCUUCAAGCGUCAGGCUCUGGUGGAGUUUGAGGACAUUCAGAGCGCUGACCGCUGCGUGUCGUGUGGCUCUCAGGAGGCCGUCUACAUCGCCGGUCAGCAAGCGUACUUUAACUACUCCACCAGUAAACGCAUCACUCGACCCACCAACGCUGACGAUCCCAACAGUGGGAACAAAGUGCUGCUGCUCUCCAUCCAGAAUCCACUCUAUCCCAUCACUACGGAUGUUUUAUACACGGUCUGUAAUCCGAUAGGAAAUGUGCAGCGGAUCGUCAUCUUCAAGAGGAAUGGGAUUCAAGCUAUGGUGGAAUUUGAAUCCAUCCAGAAUGCACAGAAGGCCAAGGCGGCGCUCAACGGGGCUGACAUCUACGCCGGCUGCUGCACGCUGAAAAUUGAAUACGCUCGGCCUUCACGCUUAAACGUCAUGAGAAACGACAAUGACAGCUGGGAUUAUACCAAACCCUUCCUACUGAGACGAGAGCGUGGUAAAGGCAGACAGAGACAGGCCAUAUUGGGCGAGCAUCCGUCCUCUUACUCAGAUAAUGGAUACGGGUCUCACUGCCCUCUGCUGCCUCUGCCCAGUAAUAAUCGAUUCAAACGCUCUUCUCAUGACGUCCCAGAGGUUGUGUCGUAUCCGCUGCCACAGAGCUCCUCCUACAUGGGCCACACCUCCAGCUCGGUUGCCAUGGUGAGUGGCCUCCAUCCAUCCAAGAUGAACUGUUCACGCAUCUUCAACCUCUUCUGUCUCUACGGCAACAUUGAGAAGGUGAAGUUUAUGAAGAGCGUUCCAGGUACGGCUCUGGUAGAGAUGGGUGAUGAAUAUGCAGUUGAUAGAGCGAUCACACAUCUUAACAGCAUCAAGGUGUUCAGCAAACGACUCAAUGUCUGCGUGUCAAAGCAGCACGCUGUGAUACCCAGUCAGGUCUUUGAGUUGGAGGACGGAUCCAGCAGCUACAAGGACUUUGCCAUGACCCGUAAUAACCGCUUCACCAGCGCUGGUCAGGCCUCUAAAAACAUCAUUCAGCCUCCGUCCUGUGUCCUUCAUUUCUAUAAUGUCCCGCCGUGUGUCAGCGAGGAUGAUCUUCAGCAGUUAUGCACAGAGCACGACGUCCCAGGAUUCAUCAAAUAUAAAGUAUUUGAUGCCAAACCAAGUUCAAAAACCAUCUCUGGUCUGCUGGAGUUUGACAGUAAAACUCACGCUGUGGAAGUUCUGACGGUACUCAAUCACUAUCAGAUACGAAUACCCAAUGGUUCAAACCCAUACACACUGAAGCUCUGUUUCUCCACGUCAUCACAUCUCUGAGACGGAGUGAAGCGUCUGCGGGCCGAGGGUCUCACAUCAUCACUUUGUUCUUUUUUUGCUGUUUUUGGUCGUCUUUGUUUUUUCCAGUACACGUCUAACCGGAACUGAGACUCGUCUUCUGGAUAUAAAACAUGACGAUGUCACAAAAGGCGGUGCCACCGAUGCCACUGAAAAAGCAAGAAGAGCAAAUGAAUGAUUUUGAUCCGUUUAUUCGUUUCUCUGGAUGUCUUCGGUAACAAUCUGACACGUCAAACGUGUUGGGUGGACACGGAGAGCGAGAGACUAAACGUUUAUGCUGUGUCAUACAGUAUGUAUAUGUAUGGCAUCAGGUUUGGGUAAAUGAAAGCACUUAACUAGUGAGGUGACCUGUAAUUGGUCAUAGGUUUUAAUUUGAAAUGCAGGCAGUUAUAAUGAAGAUUUGCCCCAGAUUGACUUUAAUAAUAAUGUGAGUGUUCACACGUCGUCUGUUUUAAAUGAUAAACACACUUUUGUUCACACUCAGUUCAGUGAUGAUGGAGACAGAUUCAGAUUGUGCUGAAGUGAAUGAACAUGAAUCACACUGGACAACAUCAUCAGACAGUACUCUAUAUGUUUAAACAUGUGCUGCUCUUUUAUAUUCUUUUCAUUGUUUAUUUAAAUAACAAAUGAGAUUUUUUAGCAUAAAACAUUGAACGGAUUGUCAUGUCAUGAGAAUCUUCUGGGAUCAGUUGUUCAAAAUGUUCCAGAUAUGGAAAUCCCAUGUUUUGCUAUCCAGGAUCAGGUGAACCAUCUCACUUCUGGAUUGGAUCACCCUGAUCCAGAUAAACACUUUUUCAGAUUAACAAAUCUGGAUUAAAUGGAAUCACAUGUCAAUGUUGACUAUUAGCUAUGUAAGAAACAGCAGGUAGUUUGGUCAGUGUGGGAUCAUACCGAGUGUUUUUUACUUGAAGAGACAAUAAAACAACACAACUUUCCCUUUCUUUUAAUUUCAAUUUAACAUUCAGUCUGUUUUUCUGGCCCUUAAAACAAAUGUAGAUUAUACACAAACACAUGAAUUUUAAGUCAUAAAGAGGCUAAAUGUCUGGUAGUUUACAUUUGUAGAAAUGCAGGUUGUAAAAACUUUUGACUGUUUGUUUUCUGAUGAUUGUGAUUUUAAUGAAUAUACUGUACAGUGCCAAUGACAGAAAACGUUUUGGAUUAGUUUUGGUGAAAUUAAAUGUUUUAAUAUUUUGUUUUGCUAUUGUCUGCUGUAUGAGGGAUUUAUAUGGACUUUUUUCUUUCUUAAUUGACUGGAAGGUUGCCCAAUGUUAUACUUUGAAUACGUUAUCAUUAUAAGGAUUGAACUGAACAAAAUUUCAACAAACAAAUGAUAAAUUUAUAAUUAUUACAAAAUAGAAAUGUUGUAUUGUAGACUAACUAUAAGUUUAUAAGUUUAAGUAAUUUUUUUUAAAAGCUUUAUUGCAUUUUUGUUCCGGAAAUCCACCCUUCUGCUGGGAUCAAACAAAUCCCAAUCUUACUAAAAUGUUUUGAACGCCACAAAGUGACGAUUUGAUCCCGAUCAAAACCUUGAUUGGAUUUUGUGAUCCAAUCCAAAUUCAGAAUCCAUUUUUUGUUUUGAACAACCCAAAUUUUGAUCUAAUCUGAUGCAAAAUCCAAAUGGAUUACUUUUGAACAACUUGCCCCAGAAGAUGUGAGCUUCAGUUGAAUCAAUGAAAAUCUUUUGUUUAGAAAGUUAAAUUGCUUUAUGUUGCAAAUCUAUCUGGAUCUGAUGAGAACAGCAGAAUCUUAAAUAUGGUAAUGUUUUAUUUUUAAAUAAUUGUCAAAAGGGUAAACGUUUUUCUGGGUUCAAAAUGAAACAAUGUGUGGAGAUCAGGGUGAGACAAACGUCUGAUUUUCAUUUGAUCAGAUGAGGACAAAUGGAUUAAAAGCUGACUUGAAACAAGAAAGAAAUCUCAUGAAGAUUGAAAUGGACAAUAACUGAAUAUUAUUUCUUAGAGUUAUCAAUCAUCAUUUAUUUCUGCUGUAUAUUUGAUGUAAUUGACACAUCAGCACAUGUGCAGUUCACUGUAAGCAUGUCCUGUCAUUGAAACAGUCACAAUUCUACAAACAUCUGUCUUACUAUGAAUCUUUUAUUACAAUAAUAAACAUUGAAAUGAUGUCAUA